AGUGUGGCGUGCAAGUGCCAAUGACUGAUUCACAUCCUUGAUUUCCUCCAGCUAGCAGGAGGUCUGAGUGAACAGGUCUUUGACGUGGAACUUGUACAGGAAACGCUGAUUUGACCUUCCCUGUCCUUCAGCCAUCCCUGCUGUGGGCAGGGCUGUUUUCCUGAGAUGGCAGGCCGGCUGCCUCGCUCUGCGGACCUAACCCGCUUCUGCCAGAAACUCAACCGGGUGAAAACACUGGAGGAGGACAUGAUGGAGACAAACUUCAACAGAUGCCUCUCCACUAUUGACCUGACACUGUUGGGCAUAGGGGGCAUGGUUGGCUCUGGCCUGUAUGUCCUUACAGGCACAGUAGCCAAGGAGAUAGCUGGCCCUGCUGUCAUUGUUUCUUUCAUCAUUGCUGGCUUUGCCUCUUUGCUGGCAGCUCUCUGUUAUGCUGAGUUUGGUGCCAGGGUGCCUAAGACAGGCUCUGCAUACAUGUUCACCUACGUCUCCAUGGGUGAGAUCUGGGCCUUCCUGAUUGGCUGGAACGUGCUCCUUGAGUACAUGAUUGGGGGCGCUGCAGUAGCACGGGCAUGGAGUGGCUACCUGGAUUCUAUAUUCAAUCAUAAAAUAAAAAAUUUCACUGAGACCCACAUUGGCACAUGGCAAGUGCCAUUCCUGGCACAUUACCCAGACUUCCUGGCAGCAGGCAUCCUACUGAUAGCCACAGCAUUCAUCUCCUUUGGGGCCAAAGUGUCCUCCUGGCUUAACCACGUGUUCUCGGGCAUCAGCUUAGGUGUGAUCCUCUUUAUCCUCAUUAUGGGAUUCAUUCUUGCAGAGCCCAAGAACUGGAGUGCCCAGGAAGGUGGCUUUGCGCCAUAUGGACUGUCAGGCAUCAUGGCAGGCACGGCCACCUGCUUCUAUGCCUUUGUAGGCUUUGACGUCAUAGCAGCCUCCAGUGAAGAAGCCAGAAACCCCCAGAAGGCCAUUCCCAGAGCAAUAGCCAUUUCUUUGGGCCUGGCCACGGGGGCCUAUAUCCUGGUGUCCGUGGUGCUGACGCUGAUGGUGCCCUGGCACACGCUGGAUCCCGAAUCCGCCCUGGCAGAUGCCUUUUACAGAAGGGGUUACUCGUGGGCAGGGUUUAUAGUAGCUGUUGGUUCCAUCUGUGCGAUGAACACAGUUCUGCUGAGCAACCUCUUCUCCCUCCCCAGAAUUGUUUAUGCCAUGGCAGAGGAUGGACUCUUCUUCCAGAUAUUCUCCAGAGUGCACCCCCGCACACAGGUGCCUGUGAUUGGCAUUGUGGUGUUUGGGGUGCUCAUGGCUCUCAUGGCUCUCAUCUUCGACCUGGAGGCUCUGGUGCAGUUCCUGUCCAUUGGCACUUUGCUGGCUUACACUUUCGUGGCAGCCAGCGUUGUGGUGCUGCGCUUUCAGCAAGAGAGGUCGGCAGCUCCCCCUCAGCCUGCAGGGAGCCAGUCCAGUCCUGGGCCCAAUGAGGGUGCUGGCCCCAGCGAGCUAAAGGAAUAUGAGUCCUUCUCAGACAAGCUGCAGCUAGUAGGCACUGACAAAGCCAAAGUGCACCGGGAGCCUGGGCAGCUGAAGGCAGCUUUCGAGCCCUACCUGGAGUUUCUCAGAGACUUCUAUCCUGGAGAGGUGGUUACGGUUGCUGUGGUGACUUUGAUGGUAUCUGCCAUAUGCUUGUGCUCCAUCUUGGUCUUUGGCAACACUCAUCUUCACCUGCCCACCUGGAGCUACUCCCUGCUGCUGCUGCUCUUUAGCCUGGGAUUUCUGCUCAGCUUACUUCUCAUUGGGGUCCAUGAGCAGCAGCAGAGCACUCAGACCUUUCAGCUACCACUGGUGCCGCUGACUCCUGCAUUGAGUAUUCUCCUGAACACCUAUCUCAUGCUCAAGCUAAGCUAUAUGACAUGGCUUCGAUUCUCCGUCUGGCUGAUCAUAGGCCUCCUGGUGUACUUUGGUUACGGCAUCUGGCACAGCAAAGAGAACCUGCGUGAGCCCACAUCCCGCAGCGUGAGUGCCCGCUACGUGGUGUUCCCUAGCAGCAGCCUGGAAGAGACAGUGCAGGCAGUUCAGCCUAACCCCCAACCUUUGACGGGGCUGCCGGAGAUGGUGACUGAGGAAGCCAAGCGAUGAUGCUGCAAGCCUGGGUGUGUCAACAUGGUAGCAGCCUCCCUGAGGGAGAAAGGACACCCUACCCCCUUCCUUUGCAGAAACAGCUGGCAGCUCUAGUCUUCAGAGUCCUGAGUUUGCUCAGAAGAGACCAGGCGGUGUUAUACAUGCUUCCCUAUCAGCGCUCACAGCAAAAGUAUGAAGGGGCAGGGGAGAGGUUGGUGGGCGGCCUCCUUUCCCAUACUCUAGCACACAGGGAUCUGGCUUCAUCUCCCUACUGCCAGCUCUUAAUAAUAUGUGAAGCUGCAUCUUCCCCAUCUGCUCCCUCUGAACUUCCAGCCCAAUCCUGGUAGCCACAGAAGGCUCACGCUUUUUUUCUACAGUUCCACCGGUCUGUGCCCUGCCCAUUCUGAGAUGUUGGUGGGGCAGUAGGGCCAGUGUGGGCAUGCUCACCAGCACCCGCUGUCCUUUCCUGUGGUCCACAGUGCAGGCUAAAGGCUCUUUAGCCUGAUUUCCAGAGGUGCCACACACAUCUGUGCAGGGCUGGGCUUCAGGCCUGUUUCCUGUUCUGACACAGAUUUCUGGCCACAGCUGAGUCCCUUCUUCCUGUACUCAUCCCCAUCUGUGGCCUAAGGGCGAUGCUUACACAGUAUAAGAAUUAAGUAGCUGGCGUAUGCAAGGCUAAGUGUGAAGUAUUAGGUCAUUUCCAGACAGGCUUUCUGGGGGUUCUUGGCCCAGGUUCCAGCAUGAAGCUUCACCUGGUUUAGGGGGGCUAAUGCCCAUGGUACAUGCAUGUGGUUCCCUUAUAGAAGAGACAAAAACAAGGGUGAUGCUGUGGGGCAGCCCAGGCCUUUGGCCUGAGUGGGGAUGGCAAAGGUGAAGGCAGUUUGUUUGUGAACCUCUGUCCAAAUGCAGAGGGCGCAGAGAUCCCCUCCCCUUGUUAGUUGUUCCUGUGUGAAUGGUUUCUAGACAAUCCCAUUAAUAGGUCAGUGAAUUAGUGCAUCAUCUGGGCUGGGCCCUAGAUCACUUGUCUCAAGCAGCUGGGUCCCCUGGAGCAUCAGCUUGACUCUCAUGUUCUUCCAGACUCCCACCUUUGAGUUACAGCCGCUCCCUGAGUUACGAACAAGUUACAGACCAACACUUGGUCCGUAAUUCGAAGUGUUCGUAACUCGGAUCCCAUAGUUACAUGGCGACCGUGCUGUUCAUAAGCACAGAUCGCCGUUCGUAACUCAGAUCCGCAUUUAUGACCACUUUGGUCGCAAGUGCGGAUGGUCAUAAGUGGAAGUGGUUGUAACUCGGGGAGCAGCUGUAUUUCUUAGGGCUCUAUGACGCAGAGUGCAACUAGUCCCUGGCCAGGAGAGAGCACACUCUGAAAGUGAGACAGGACCCUGUGUUUCUGAGAGUGGUGGGGGACUUACAGCCUGACUCAGAGCCCCAUCUAGGUGACAGCUGCCCAUUUGCAUUGACAGCAGCCCUCCUUAGGCUAGGCUGUCUCUCAACCCCUCCCACCUCCGACAUCAGCCUCCUCUACAAAGGGGCUGCUUUGGAUUCCAGCUCCUGUGCCCCUCACCCUCUGUGGCUAGAAGACUCUAGUAUCUAAGCUGUCCCUGUUCUAGUGCUAACAGUCAUGUAAAUUGGCAUACAACCUCCCCUGCAAAACCACCUUUUCACAUGCUCUCUGUCAGGGCAAGGUCCUUCUGCAGGUCUGUUCAC